GCAGGGUUUUUAUCGGUCAUACUAGUCUGUCACGAUGAGCUGAAGCGCUCUAUAUGGGCGUUGGAUUUCUGGACCGUGGUCCGAGUCAAGUGGUCCAUGGCUCUCGACCCUGGUCUGAAAUGAUCCUCCACCUCCCAUCCAAAAACCCAUCAAAACUCCUGUGUCCAAUCGAAAGCUGCCGGUGUAUCAUCCUUCGGAAAGAUGUCGGUCGGUUGGUGACUGUCCAAGAGUGUCCGCUUCCCGAACCUCCACACCUCACUUCCACCGGACCAUCCACCCGAUGUUGGCUAGUACCCAGUCCGACGAGUUUCGAAAACAUCGGGUUUUCCAAACCAGUCGGCCAAGUCGCAGGGAACGAGAGACGAUGGUUGUCGUGUGGUGCCUGUGACUUUGGACCGCUGGGCUGGACAGAAUCUCCGACUAACUUGGCAAAGCAGUUCGCUAAUGAUCCUCAGGGUCGAUUCGGCAACGUGCUUUUAUUGGUGGGAUGUAAUCGAGUCUUUCCAGCCGAAUAAGUCAGAUGCAGAUACCCCUUUCAGCCUUUGCCCCACCGUAGACAACGAACAAAACACGAUGGGUUCUCAACCUUUAGAUAAUUUUUCGCGAUCUCAAAAAUUCCUUUCAAGCAUGAUACCGACCUCUUCAAUUGCGACCAUGUCCAGCACUGGCACUCUGUAAACGAUUUUGUUAUUAUUUCUCAGAACAAGAAAGAUGACCUUCCCACCUUCUAAACUUUAGUCAAUCUUGAGGUUCAUUUGCGGUGUGAGGGGCUCAUCCAUCAAGAUUUUACUUUACCCGCUGUACUCAUCCUUCAAAAAUUGCAUGGAGGUGGUGUAUGAUACCAAAGGUAUUAAUGUCCUUUUCUUUUCUUUGGAGCCAUAUAAAAACUUC